AGAAAGCAUUUAGUAGAGUGAUUAAAGAACUAUGGCCACCAUGCAAGACAAAACAAUCAAAACCUUCCUCCCUUUUCUAUUUCGAUUCUUCUUUCUAGUAAUAAACUUUAUGGCUUCCAUUGAAAAAUCAAAUGCCCAUAUUCAUGACGUUCAUGAAAAUAUGGACAUGGUGGAUGACAUGAAGGACUACCUUCCUUUCUCAAGCUAUGGUCAUGGGUGGACUCAUAGCUUCGAUGGCAUGGAGGAUGAAGGAUGGGGGAUGGUGCAAAGGAAAGGCAACCAGUUUGUAGUUGGAGGCCAACCUUUCUAUUUUAAUGGAUUCAACACCUAUUGGUUGAUGAUCUUUGCCGUCGACCAGUCCACCAGGAGAAAGGUCACUGAAGUAUUUCAGGAAGCACUGUCAGUUGGCUACACUGUGUGCAGGACUUGGGCAUUCAACGAUGGCGGGUGGAGAGCUCUUCAGAAAUCUCCUUCAGUUUAUGAUGAAGAAGUUUUCAAGGCACUAGAUUUUGUGGUUAGCGAAGCAAGAAAAUAUAAGAUCAGGCUGAUCCUGUCAUUAACAAACAACUGGGAGGGAUAUGGAGGGAAAGCACAGUACGUGAAAUGGGGAAAAGCUGCUGGCCUGAACCUAACUUCUGAUGAUGAUUUCUUCUCCGAUCCUACCGUCAAAGGCUAUUACAAAGCUCAUGUCGAGGCCAUCCUCACGAGAGUCAAUACAUACACGAAUAUUACUUACAAGGAUGACCCAACGAUCUUCGCAUGGGAGUUAAUGAAUGAACCGCGCUGUCUCUCCGAUCCCUCGGGUGAUAAACUGCAGGCUUGGAUACAAGAGAUGGCGUUUCAUGUGAAGUCCAUUGAUCCACUGCACCUGCUAGAAAUCGGAGCUGAAGGGUUCUACGGUCCCUCUACUCCCGAACGCUUGCAGCUCAAUCCCAACACUUUUGCAGGGAAAGUAGGAACCGAUUUUAUUAGAAACCAUCGAGCUUUGGGUAUCGAUUUUGCUUCAGCGCAUAUCUACCCGGAUUCUUGGAUAUCAAAUUCGAUCACCGAUGAGCACAUUCAGUUUGUGAAGACUUGGAUGCAGAACCAUAUCGAUGAUUCAGAGAAUGUGCUUGGAAUGCCAGUCAUAUUUGGGGAGUUCGGUGUAUCUUCGAAGGAUGAUAGAUUUAACUUGACAUUUAGAGACAAAUUCAUCACUACGGUGUGCACCACCCAACUGAACUCCACAAGGAGUGGGGGGAGUGGAGGCGGCUGCCUUCUGUGGCAGCUCUUUCCUGAAGGUGCUGAGUACAUGGAUGAUGGCUAUGCUGUGGUUCCCUCCAGGUCUCCCUCCACCUCCAGCAUCCUUUCACUGCACUCCAGGAGGCUUCAGCUCUUCAAUUCCAGGUGCUCUUGGAGGUGCCACUGGGGUUGCAGGAAGAAGAGUUCUGAGGAUUGGAACCAUGUCCUCCCACAUGAUGAACUCUGAUGUCAUGUCUCAUUACAAGAGGGAAGAUGGAGAAAUAUACUACACAUUAUAAGCUAUGGACUGAAAGAUCAAAAGUACAUGUUUUUGAAUUUAAUGUGACGAUCGACUACAGGUGAAUUGUAUGUCUCAAAUAAAGAGCCAGAGUGAAACAUAUAUACAUUGUUAUUCUAUGUGGAAGCUUAUUUCUUUUGUGUAAUAUAAGAAAGAUGAGGUUAUAGGUUAUGAAAAACAAUGCUCUUAGAACUGCAA